UGUGAGGCAGUCAGUCAAACAAUACUCUGUGGAAUAAUGGUCAUCAGAAAGAUAUUCCUCAUAAUUUUUGUAUUCCUUUAUGGUUCAUAUUAUGUUGCUACCGCUGGGUUGAAAAAUGUUUCCAGACAAGGAGGCUUUCUCUGGGCAGAAGUGGAAUCACUUGAGGAGGAAGAUAGUAUGGAAGUCGAUGCUAAAGAGAUGAAGAAAAAAUCUGGAAUGGAGAUGGAAAGCAAGGGAAACAACGUGAUAGAUUCGCUGCUGAGGCUUGGAAGAAUGUAUGUUAUGUUUACCGACAAACAGAAAAUGAAAAUCCCGGACGUGAAAAAAGGUAUCAAAUUUGGUUUCCUCCAGGCUGGUAUAUCGCUGCAGAAUGGAUCUGCCUAUGACCUUUCAACUGUCAAUAGGGCAUCCAACUUUGUUAUGGUAGAAAACAAACACACGGUGCUCACUGGCAAGUUCAACUUCACCAAAAUGGAAGUAACCUUCCAAGAAUUCAAUGUCCGCUUUUUAUUACUCAACGUUAAAAUGGGAAAAGUGACGGUAAAACUGGGUCCACACUUAAUUCCAACGAAGCUCGUCUUGGCCAAAGAUGAUUCCCUGGCUGGUUACAAGCUAGUCUCCUACGACUUUGAACUGAAAAUGAAAAGUCUGGCGUUCCAAAUAGUCAACAAAUCUCCACUAAUUAGCCGGGUUUUGUCAAAGUUCACACAAGUUAUCUUAAAUUUAUUCAUUAAACUCGUAUCAAAAGUAGCUACCAAAGCUGUAAAGGAUAUUUUAAAGAACACCCUAAAGGAGUUCUAAGGACAGGGCUCUACGUCGGAGGUUUAACCCAAAAUAAGUAUUACUAAAUGUGAAACCAUUACAAUAUUGAAAAUAAAUGCUAACAGAUGAAGAUAUUUU